AUAAACAAUCUCUUCAACACAAUAAUAUAUUAUUAAUCAAGAAUUGGAAAAUUUGAAUGUUCAGGGAAUUCAGAGCUACAACAAAACAAUGGAUUUAGAUGGUACAGAUUUGGAGGGAGUACCAAUACAUCCAGAUAGUGUAGCCUUCAUAUUCGGAGCUGUUCUUAUGGUCUCAGGAAUUCUUGGUGUACUGGGGGGAAUGACGCUUUCAAGGAUCCUUAGGCCAAAAUAUCCUAAGAUAGAUCCGUUGAUUUGUGGUGUCAGUAUACUCAUCAGCUGUCCCUUACUCAUCUGGGGUCUACUCUCAGUCAAGGAUAAUAUUAUUCUCUCUUUUGCAAUCUUUACUCUUGGCUCAACCUUCCUCAAUAUGAAUUGGUCAAUUUCGGUGGACAUGUCUCUGUAUGUGAUAAUACCUGUACGGCGGUCAACUGCUGAAGCUAUUCAUCUGAUGGCCACCCAUGCUCUUGGAGAAGCUGGAGCUCCUUAUAUCAUAGGUCUCAUCUCAGAUAGCAUUAUUAAGUCAAGCUGUCCUGAAGAUGACCAAGAUUGUUUAGAUUCAAGCUUGAGUUCCUACUUGGGUAUGCAGAAAGCUCUUUACUUAGUCUUUGUUCUUCUUGUACUUGGUGGAAUACUCUUCAUUCUUGCAGCUCUAUGGAUAGUGCCAGAGAAACAUACUGUAGAUAGGUUGUUAGAAGAGCAGUUGGAGCAAUUAGAAAACAAAAGACGAGAAGAAAAUGAACAGAAAGAUAUUAAAUGGUUGUGAUAUUGUUUUUUUUUCAUAUUGUUCUCUAUUUGUUAAAGAUUUUCAAAAUUUUACUGAUUUUUAUAUUCUAAUGAAAGCAUGAAAUAAAUUUAUUUUCUUAUGUAUACAAUACAAACUAAACGAUUUUUAUUGGUUAAAGAAGACUGAAGACCUAAUUUCAACUGAUCUUGAUCUUACAUUUUUCUAUUUUUCUAUAUUUUACUGAUUUUUAUAUUCUAAUGAAAGCAUGAAAUAAAUUUAUUUUCUUAUGUAUACAAUACAAACUAAACGAUUUUUUUUGGUUAAAGAAGACUGAAGACCUAAUUUCAACUGAUCUUGAUCUUACAUUUUUCAAAGCAAUUUU